AUGCUAAUGUUGGCAGUGAAAGAUAUUUCUGAAGAAGAACUCUUCAAUUAUACCAGGAACCGCUGGAUAUAUAACGAAUCUUUACAACUGUCUCUAAGAUAUCUCAAGUUUGACCUUCGACAACUUCUGAAAGCUGCGGUCGCUGCCGUCUCUAGCGAAGGUGCUCAUUAUUGUACCAAAGUACAUAAGUGCCAAGAAGGGUUAAAUAAUAAGGUUUUUAUCCUGACGAUGGACAAUGGCUUAGAAGUUGUAGCAAAACUUCCGAAUCCGAUAGCUGGCCCUGCUUAUUAUACGACCGCAUCUGAAGUAGCGACUCGAGCAUUUCUUCGUGAUGUCCUGAAUAUUCCUAUUCCUCGUAUAAUCGCCUGGUCAGCAGAUCAGAGUAAUCCUAUCGGAGCAGAAUAUAUUUUGGAAGAAAAAGCGCCAGGCACACCGCUAGGGAUGCUCUGGUACCAAUGGAAGAUGAAGUCUAGACUUGAGAUGAUAGACCAAAUCAUACAAAUCGAAGGAAAGCUUGCAUCCACAAAAUUUUCAAAGAUCGGCUGCAUCUAUUUCAGUGAUGAUUUUCCAGAUAAGACACCUGGUGGUUGUAUUCUAUCAACUAGCUCUUCGUUGCCUUCGUCUGUAUUGGAGCGCUUUACUCUGGGGCCACUUGUGUCAAGUGACCUGUGGCGCGGCGAUAGGGCUAGUAUGAAUUUGAACUGUGGGCCAUUCAAUCAGCCAUUGGAUUUGGUAGAAGCUAUGGCAAAAAAUGAAAUACAAUACACUAAGGAACACGCCCGCCCCUACAUGAAUUAUCAUAGGUCAUCUACAGAAGCUCAGUCGCCGGAUGAACUCCUUGAACUUUUGAACCGGUAUCUUAGACUUAUACCCGCCAUGAUUCCUCCUGAAGGCGCUGAAGAUACUCAUUCACCCACACUCUGGCACCCGGACCUUCAUCUUGAUAACGUAUUUGUCGACCCUGAAUCACACAAGAUCACUCGUAUAAUUGAUUGGCAAUCCGCGGCAGUUAUGCCCCUCUACUAUCAAUAUACCAUUCCAAGAAUGUUCGAACACCCUGGUGGUGUGCCCCACGGCUGGACCAUGGCACUACCGGAGAAUUAUGACAGCUUAAACCAAGAAGAGAAGGAUAAGUUUGAAAGUGACCGGAAGAGCAUUGCUUGCCAAAAGUAUUAUGAGGUUGAAACACGAGCUCAAAAUCCAAGACAUGUCGCCGCUUUUCAACUCCAGAACCUUGAUGUACGGAUUGAACCAUCUCGCGUUGUUGUGAAUGCAUGGGAAGGUGAAGCGGUCUAUUUCCUCCGCCGUGCACUACACGCAAUAGUCAGACAGUGGGGUGAUCUGUGUCCGGGGUUAGGACCAUGUCCUGUCAGUAUUGAUGCCCAAGAGCUGAAGUUACAUGCAGCGGAAGAGGAGAUUUCAAACAGUGUUGCUGAGAUCUUAACACUUUUUCGCGAUGCAUGGGGGGUACCUCCGGAUGGAAUGGUACAUCCGGCUGAUUUUGAGCGAGUAAAGGCUGCGGUAGCGGAACGAAGAGAUGCCUUCUUUGAGAGUGCAGAUAAUGAGACUGAUAAAGAGCUCUAUAAAAGAAUAUGGCCUUACCAGGAUAAAGAUUUGUAA